UCAUCUGAUUAUCAAAUCAUAUGAUGUAAAUGUAUUCAAAAAAACCCGUGAUGCAGCCAAAUCUAUUUUACAAACCUGGGAUGUAAUCUUAGAUGAUCCAACAGUUCAUCAAUUCCUUAAUGACCAUUCACAAAGAUUUAUUCAAGUUAUUGAAGACGAA